AUGCCUCCGUAUGGACAGAUCGUGAUCGGUCCUCCCGGCGCCGGGAAAUCGACAUACUGCAAUGGCAUGAACCUGUUUUUGAAUUCAAUAGGCAGAAACUCACUGAUAGUGAACCUGGAUCCGGCAAACGAUCUUUUGCCAUACCAUUGCACAAUCGAUAUUAGAGACUUCAUCACGCUCGAGGAAAUCAUGAACGACGAGAAUAUACGAUUGGGCCCUAACGGAGGCCUGGUAUAUUGUUUGGAAGUGUUUGAGCAAAGCAUCCAGUAUUUCAUCGAGAAGAUCAAAGACUUGAUGUCCCUUAGUCUAGACGGACAAUCCACAUACAUUAUAUUCGAUUGCCCCGGACAAACAGAGCUGUUUACCAACAAUCCGAUAUUCAGAAAGAUCUUCAGUAAACUGGAGAAAGAGCUUGAUUUCAGGUUUUGUGUGGUGUCUCUAGUAGAUUCUAUCAAUCUGGUCACCCCGUCCUACUAUAUUUCGAUGCUGCUCUUGACUUUGAGGUCAAUGCUUCAGAUGGAUUUGCCCCAAGUGAAUGUCAUUUCAAAAAUUGAUCUUUUGAAAUCGUACAUUGACGAAGGUGGCUUGCCCUUCAGGUUGCAAUACUAUACGGAAGUUCAAGACUUAAACCAGCUCUUGCCAUAUGUCAGGACAGAGAAUAAUCAACGGGGUUACUUUAAUGAGAAAUAUGAGAGGCUGACAACCUUGAUAGCGGAUCUGAUCGAGGAUUUCGGAUUGAUCCAGUACACAGUUCUGGCAAUUGAGGAUAAAAUUUCGAUGAUCAAUCUUCUUUCAAUAAUUGACAAGGCCAAUGGGUAUUGUUUUGGAACGAACGAGCUUGGAGGCGACUCCAUCUGGUCCGAUGCUGUGCGACAAUCAUCAUUGGCGUUUAUGGAAGAUAUUGACAUCCAUGAAAGAUGGAUCGAUGAGAAGGAGCAAUGGGAUGAGCUUGAAGAAGAAAAACGUAACGAAUUGGAAGAGUACUUCCAGAAUAUACAAGCAAAGCAGGAUCCCGAAGACGAAUGGGAAGCCGCACUGCGAGACUGGGAAAUGAAGCAAGAUAUAGAAACUAAACGAGCGUAA